AUGGACCCGUCCGGCGAGCCGCAGGAAGCAGGCGGGGCCUCGCAUCCGAAUGGAGCGCCUCAGAAGGCCCCCCAAUGCGACGUGAAGCCGCGCCUCACCAAGGAGCAGCACGACGUGCUCGAGCAGCACUUCCAGCAGCAGCACAAGCCCAGCACCCUCGUCAAGAAGGACUUUGCCACCAGACUGGGCGUGCCCCUAGACAAGAUUAAUGUUCGUGACCACCAGUGCCCGCCAGCCGGCAGCCGCAUGGAGCAAGUAAACUGGUUCCAAAACCGCAGGGCCAAGGUCAAGCAGGACCGCAAGAAGAUUGCGAACCAGAUGAACAUGGCGCUCAAUGCACCCUACAAUGGCUUGUACGGGGGCAUGCCCGCCAGGAACCCGCAGUACCCGCAGCACCCAGAUCAACUCCAGCUGCAUAUGGCCAUGAACCAGGAGUACCACCCCAUGAACGCCGACAUCAGCCCUGCCAUGCUCCCUGUGCAGGGCGCGGAGAGCACCUCCACCCUCGACCUCACAUCCCAGAUCUCGAUGCAGCAGCCGUACGACAUGCAAGCCAUGCGCCCGAUCCCAGAGGCCAACCAGUCCAACGCAUAUGCGCCCAACGUCGUCAUGAAUUCCUUCAUGGCCGCAGCCAACGGGAGCUAUAUGCACAACCCCGACAUGUCGGUCAACACGCAACAAGUAGACUAUCCAUAUGACACGACCAACUUCGCCAACAGCCUCUCCUUCGAUCUCCCUACAGAUAUUUCCAACGAGAAUGCAGGGCCGAACUCGAUGUUCUCUGCCUACGGCGGCCUGGGCGGCUUGCCAUAUGUUUCAGACAUGAAUUCGAACAACUCAAUGCCCGCCGAAGCACAUCAAAGUAGCGCGUCCCUGUCGACACACUCCUCGCCAUUCUCUGGAGCUCCGAACAAUCCGACACCACAAUCCUCCAACGGACCAACUCCGCCAGUCGCUUCGCUAGUGUCUGCCUACACAGGAUGGACGGAAGAUCCAAGUUCAGGGCCGCAGGACCACGUUGAAGAGCCCGAAGACCAGUUCACAGCGCCUUAUAACAUGAGUGGAGGAUCCUUAUCAGAGCACACCCUGCCUUUCUGGUCUCAGCCGGGCACGAACACAAACUACGGCCAUGGGUUCUAUCAACAAUCCAAUGUAUCUUCACAAGCAGUGCUUUCUUCACCUGAUAACGACAUGUCCCGAAAGGCCAGUACAGGGCCCUUGGACUUCGACCCCCCGCCUAUGUUCCAGGACGAUUCGUACACACGAAGAAACUCUUCUACGAGCAAUCUCGCAGGCAAUUUUGAAGCUAUUCAAAUUCGCAAUGGUACUCCGGACGAAUUCAAGCAACCAGGACAGCCAACAUCUAUCGCUCAAAGACGAAAAGGCCGGCCAGUCACGCUCAACCCAGGUGCAAUGCGAAGCGCGUCUUAUUCUGCGCCUAUGCCUUCGCCCGGUGGCAGUAGUGGUGAUCACACUCUGCGGCGAAUCCGUUCGAGUGGCAUUCCUAAUGUAGGAGGGCGUGUUCAGAAAUCUCAGCCAGGCUCAGCUCAACGCUCACCCAUGGUGUCCAACUUUUCUGAAGCUGCUGCUUCACCAAAGUUUGCACGCGCAUUUUCCUCGUCAAGCACUGCCACGCUGGGCAAUGGUACAGGCAGUCUGGCACCACCAACACCGCUCACGCCUCAAGACAUGGGCCUAUAUUGGCAGAACAAUACGGUUAUCCGGCCUCAUUCUGUCAUGCCAGAACACAACAGUCCAGAGAGCAUGAAUGCCAACUAUUCUGCGGAAUCACAGUCGGCGGGGGCUUUUGCUAAGAGUGUCUCACCUCCCAACGCGUCGUUGGAGUUGCAGCAAAUGACGCAACAGUACUCUAGCGACGGAUACCGCGAUUCGCCUCCACAGUCAGCACCGGCUACGCAGCAGAACUUUCCUCGAUCCAUGUACAUGCAACAGCCACACAUACGACCAGGUUUCCAUUCGACAACGGAUCUCACCAUUGCGCAACCCAAGCCUUCACACUUUCGACGACCGUCGCUGCCAGAUGGGGCGCAGCCUCCCGUAGACGACAACAGCUACUUUCAGAACGGCAACUUCGACUACAAUAAUUACACAGGCGUAUCAUUGACCAACAUCGCUCACAACGUCCCGUUCGCACCACGUCCAAGCCAAGCGCCCGAAUUCCUCGUUCACGAAUUUAUACCACCGCACGGCGGCUCUGCCCAAGGCCACAUGUACCGCCAAUCGAACGAUUCGCAUUCCAAGAACUACAUAUUUGCCAAUCAAGGACCAAGAGACUUCAAGUCAUGA